AACUUCGUGACAUCGUCCUUUCCCAUUUACUACGACCACGAUCACCAAUUCUUUUGACAAAACAACAACACACCUUCUUCUCUUUCAACCAUCUUCUUUUUUAUCAACCACGAAUUAACAACUUCGUGAAUCUUACUUUAAUACAAAACUCCAUCAUUCUCGAGAUCUUAAUUAUCACGAGAAUUAACUCACCGCCAUAUUCCACGCCUCUUUUAUUUGACUUAACGUCUUAAUUUAUCAACCAUGGAAGAAGAAGUCGCAGCCCUCGUCAUUGACAAUGGAGGGGUAGCUCUCGGAAGGAAUCAACAACCGACCGAGAAACCCCAAAUCUUCUACAACGGCGAAGACUCUAUGAGUAAGAAGAAUGAGACUGAUAGGUUCUGUAGUUCUGGAAUGUGUAAGGCCGGUUUCGCCGGUGACGAUGCUCCAAGAGCUCUUCCAUUGUCGGUCGUCCCCGUCAUCAUGGGAACUGAUAAGGGAUAUUAUAGUAUUAUGAUUGGUAUGGGUCAAAAGGACUCAUAUGUUGGAGAUGAAGCGCAAUCCAAGCGUGGUAUUCUCACCCUUAGAUACCCAAUUGAGCACGGUGUUGUCACCAACUGGGAUGACAUGGAGAAGAUCUGGCAUCACACUUUCUACAACGAACUUCGUGUAGCACCAGAGGAGCACCCAGUUUUGCUCACUGAGGCCCCAAUCAACCCAAAGUCCAACAGAGAAAAGAUGACACAAAUUGUCUUUGAGACCUUCAACGCCCCUGCAUUCUACGUCUCUAUUCAAGCCGUCCUCUCCCUUUACGCUUCCGGUCGUACCACCGGUAUCGUUCUCGAUUCCGGUGAUGGAGUCACUCACGUUGUUCCAAUUUACGAGGGUUUCUCCCUUCCUCACGCCAUUGCUCGUGUUGAUAUGGCUGGUCGUGAUUUGACUGAUUACCUCAUGAAGAUCUUGGCUGAGCGUGGUUACACUUUCUCCACCACUGCCGAGCGUGAAAUUGUCCGUGAUAUCAAGGAGAAGCUCUGUUAUGUUGCCCUUGAUUUCGAGCAAGAAAUUCAAACCGCCAGUCAAUCCUCCAGCUUGGAGAAGUCAUACGAACUUCCUGAUGGACAAGUUAUUACCAUCGGUAACGAGCGUUUCCGUGCUCCAGAAGCUUUGUUCCAACCAUCUGUCUUGGGUCUUGAGAGCGGUGGUAUCCACGUUACUACCUUCAACUCCAUCAUGAAGUGUGAUGUUGAUGUUCGUAAGGAUUUGUAUGGUAACAUUGUUAUGUCUGGUGGAACUACUAUGUACCCAGGUAUCUCCGAUCGUAUGCAAAAGGAAAUCACUGCUCUUGCACCAUCAUCGAUGAAGGUCAAGAUCAUUGCACCACCCGAGAGAAAAUACUCCGUCUGGAUCGGUGGUUCUAUUUUGGCAUCUUUGUCCACUUUCCAACAGAUGUGGAUCUCAAAGCAAGAGUACGACGAGUCUGGACCUUCCAUUGUCCACCGCAAGUGUUUCUAAGCGUAUCACGGUCGAUUUGUGUUCACAUCACGAACUUCACGAAUUUGAUCCAAAAGAAGAUUCGAACAAAACAACAAAUCCCAGUGUUUUGUUUCGCCGCGAAGUGUUGUUCCGAAAAGUUCUGGUAGCGAUUGAACGACUGGGUGGACUCUUUCGAAGUAACGGAUGGGCUUUGAUCUAGCUGACUGUUUGCUUGGGGGAGGAAUUCGAAAUGUCGUAUCAAUCAUACAAAGCUUUUUUUCUUACUUUUUAGUGGUGCCAACUUCUUCAUGUGUUUUUGAGCUGCACCAUUUUUUUUGUUCUUCAUUCAUAGCGCGAGAAAGUUUCUUCUCUAGAGAAUCAAAUUAAAAGGUAGUACACUGAUUUAUAAUUGAGUUCACUCAGGCUUCAAGGGAAU